AUGAGUUCGGAUCACACGUUUGUCGUUCCAGACACGAACGGAGGUCCGGUGUAUCGAGUCUCUAUGAGACAGCACGGAGAACUGGAUCUCUUCGUCUUCCAAGAAGGAGAAAGAGCGACAUUCAGAGACAUCACGCUUCGAUCAAGGAUUCUCGGAACAGACGAAGACCCCGUCGCGACGCUUGACUAUUCCAUCGACAACACAGCAGAGAUUCAAAACAGAGUUCAGGCUGAGAAGUAUCUGAAAGCCAACAUCGCGAAGAUGAACGACAUGAUGUCUGGAGUUUCAAUCAACACUGACGGAUCCAGGCCCGAGUCUCAGGUAGUUGCUGUGUUGGACCUCAUCGCGAGUCGGAUGCCGGAAGACGAUGAUGAGUUUCUGAAGGCGAACAUACUUCCUCUUUGGCAGUCGAACUUCGUGGAUUCUAUUCUUGGGAAAGACGUAGAUCUGUCUGUUCUUUCAGAGGAAGAUUUGGGAAACCUUUGUGUAACGAAAGUGCAAGACGCUUACGGAAAGUUUCCCCUAAACGUUUACCCCUCGACUCUCAGAAAGAUCGUGAAACUGGGAAAGGAAACCUAUGGCUGCUCAGCCUCUGUGGAAAAUUAUGACGAGCGUCUUGCAAAAGUGGUAACCGCAGUUCGUGGACAAGUCUCGGAGUCGUCUCAAAAUCUCACCCACGUCGCGACCGUGACAAGCGGAAGUUUCCAGCUUCUCCUCGACGUUGUUGGAGGUUUCGGUCCGCCUCAGCGAAGCAUUGGAGACAGAAGAACCAUAGCGGAGACCUCGAUGCUUCACUACAUCACACGCGCGGCUCCCUUGAGCACUCCUAUUGGGCAGGACUUGGUACAUGAGAGAGAGGUGAGAAGGAUUGCCCAAGAAGCGGGACGGUCUUUCGAGUCUCGAAUUCUCAUUCGAUUCACGAGAGGAUCCCAAAGCCCCAUGCUCACUUCAGAGAUGUCGUCGAUCUUCCAUCACAUCGCCGAAAGAGGUGACGUUUCACCUUUCAUCCAGGAGAUCACUUCCGCAGCGAUCGAAUCCAUUCUUUUCGGAUUCGAGGCUAGAGCUCUCGAUCAGCUCGCGUUGGCCAGCUCUUUGCCUAGCCGUGCCCCCCCAUUCCUUUGCCACUCUUCCUUGUGCUUGGCGCUCGUGUGCUUCCUGGUGUCGCCCGCGGAGUCGAUCGUGGUCGUGUCCCUCUGCACGAUUCUGUGCUACUUCAUUGUGGUGGUGAUCAAUCCUCUCCUCGUCUUCAUCGGGGUGAUCUUCUGUUGGGUGGAGCCAUCUACUGCUGCUGCGGUUCAUUCCUGUGAAAAGUGGAAGGAGUGUUCCUUGGUCUUCUCCAACCUCCUCGUCCACCGAGACUUCUACCUUGACACUGUGGUGUUGGAGGUCUUCUUCUUCUUCCUCGUCAUGGCCGACAACUUGGAGACACAGCCAGCCGAGCUCUCGGACAUGCAGGUGGAAGGAGGUAUUGGAGAAGUUCCUGGCUCACCCGCUGAACUGGCUGAGGACAUCUCUGACAAUGAGAGCUCUGAGCAUGGGGUUGACGCCGAGAUGAAGGUCAAAAUGGAAAAGCGAAAGAGAGGUGAUAGGGACUACCGCAGGCGUUGUGAUCCUCGUGCUCAUCCUGUACCUGACAGUGACGAUGAAGAAGAUGAAGACAGCCCCUCAAAACGACCUCAACUUGGAGAAGAAAAACCCCUCACGGCACGAGAAAUCAGAGAACUUCUCAUUGGACACGUCUCGGAGAUGAAGUGUGCAUGGAAGACAUUCCAAGGUCGCCUGGAUGAUGUUGAAAGAGAGCAAGCGAGAUCGAGUUUCGAGGUCACCAAUUUGCAAGCUCGCACCCGAGUCGUUGAAAAGGACCUUGGACAACAGAGAGAGACCACUACACAACACGCCAAGGCCUUGGAGAACCUCACGGAUGAAGUGCAAAAGAUGAAAGUGAAACUGGAUGACAUUCAGUCACGACCUCAACCUGGACCUGCUGCUCUUCAACCGAACCUCCUUCUGAAGUACCACUUGCUGAUCCUUGGAGUGAAUAUCUUCGCAAGCAGGGAAAACGAGAUGUUCCUGUCCUACCACCUGCACAGGACGAUUCCAGGGGACACGAAGAGAAGUGUGAUCGAAGAAGAAUCCAGUGAGAUCCUCAACCACGCCGAGAUCAAGGACCUCUUGGACAGCCAUAAACUCCUUGUAUUUGGCCCUCGAAGAUCUGUUGGCAUGCUUCGCUUCCAGGUUCGCGACGGGGAGACGUUUGAGGACACCAAGAAACGAAUGUGGGAGAUUGUGAGAGCUUUGGGACGAAUUAAACACAUUCUUCCGAGCACUAGUGCAGGGGGUGAUGAACGUACUCUUUGGGGGUCUUUCGUCAAAACCAAGAACGCCAGGCUCAGGACGGCCCAUGUCAGUAUGGCUCGACGAGUGGUGAUCGCCCUCGCAAAGGACAAUGGUGGUCAGAACGGCGGUGCGAACACCCUGAUCACCAACGACGAUUGCGAUUGGAACAUGGGAACGAUAUGGAAUGGCUCAGAAAAGAUCGGGAGCGCAACCCAUCGCCAACCCAAGAAUGCUGACGAGAUUGUGCUCAUGCCUGGAGGCUGGAUUAACAUUUCAGCGGCUGCCCGUGUGUCUGGCUCCUCGACGGAUGAUGCACGGUGCCAAUCGCUUGAGCUGCUCGAUGUUGCGUGCAAAGACUGUGACAUCGUUUUUGUACAGGAGGUUGCUCGACGUGAAGUUGGGUGGGAUAGCUUUGAUACUGAUGAGUUCCACUGGGUGACAUUCCAAGAUGCGAAGCAGUGGCGAGGAGUUGCCAUCGGGGUGUCUCUCGACAAGUUUGACUCUGUCAUGCAUAAGGUCGCCACCGAGAGAGGGAUUUGGCUUGUUGCACGAAUUAUCGGCAUCGGAAGGAUCGUUCUGGGUUCCGCUCACUGCCACACUGGAGUCACAACGACCGUCUACCAGUCAGCUGCCCAGGCCUUUGCCAGAAGUUGUCCGCACAAAUACCGUCACUUGCCUGCAUUGUGUGGAAUAGAUGCCAACGAAGUGCCCUGCUGGGAAGAGUCAGGAUCAGAAAAUGGGGGAUUCACGAUUGGCACGUGCAGUUCCAACCUUAACGCUCUGGUUUAUGAACUCCUUCAGCAAGGCGUGUGUCCGGUUGCUCCUAGGAAAAGUGAUCUCAAUACUGCCACGCAUUACCCAAGAGAUGAAACGAGAACGGGUCGACAGAUUGACAUGCUCUGUGCCAGACUGAUCCACGCCUGCCCUGUCAUCAUUGAGCCUGAACGCCGUUUCGCAGUUGGGUCCGAUCAUGCCAUUGCUCUAUGUGACCUGUGGACACGCCAGGGGUCAGGGAGAGUCCAAUGGGGCAAUGAUUCUCGUGCACGAUGGGUCCACAAGCAGCUGCCUGACACGAUCAUCGUUGAUGAGGAUGACCUCAUUGCUUUGGCUAAAGAAUGUACUCGUCCUCGUUCGUCUGCCAAGUUUGUUGACACGCCUGAGAUCAAGGAUGCGAUCGUUGAAGCUCGCAAGUCCAACGCUGUCCGGGAUUGGAAGACUGUGCAUCGAAUGCGUAAGCAAGCACGCAGAGACUGGUCGCAAGCUCGCCUUUGCCGCAUUCUCAAUGGUGACUGGGAUCAGUAUCGCUCCCUCCAGAAUGACAAGAAGCGCAAACGAGGAUUGUGGGGGCACAUGCUCAGUGAAUGCGGCUCCAAGGUUCUUGCUAAGGAGAUCACCCAACAUCUCGAAGGCAAGAUGGUUCAUCCAACUCGCAGUGCAGAUGAAUGGGGUGCGAAACUUCAGUGCCUCAUUGACAGUGUCGAAGAAAGGGGUGAUUUUGUCCCUUUCACCUUGAUUGAUGUACGAGCAGAACUGCAUGGGAUGAAGUGUAAAAGUGCUGUUGGACCUGAUGGCAUAGGAGUACAUCUCUUGCGUGAACUUGCUGAACAUGAGGUGCUCGGUGAACAGUUCUUGGAGCUAAUCAACCACAUCGUUGAACACCGUGAACUACCAGGUAGCUGGCACACCAGUUUCCUAGCGCUCCUCGCAAAGAUCAACUUACCCACACAGCCUUCUGAUCUUCGGCCAAUAUGCGUUUCCUCGGCCUUUCACAAGUUAGUCAAUCGCCUGGUAUGUGCGAGAGCCUUACCGCUUAUGAGGAAAGGCUCCAAGAUCAGCUGUUGUGGGAAAGGCAGGCAAGCAGCCGAUUUGCUUGGCACCAUCUCCAGAAUGCGUGAUGUGACGAAGGAGUGGUCUGAACCUCUAAUCCUUUGCAAGUUGGAUGUUGCAGGCGCCUUUGACAAAUUAGACAGAGAAAAAGUUGCAGAUCUUCUUCUUGGACGACUUCGCGGCAAAGGGGUGAAAUUUGAGCUCAAAUAUCUUCUUGAGCAACUUGCAGUUCACCGCCUCUUGGGGAAUGCGCCUGGGGGCAAACCUGUUGAUCUUUGCCCUGACAACGGGAUUAAACAAGGUGCUCCCGAAAGUGCCGAACUGUUUGGGCUCGUCAUUGACAGUCUGCUCUCUUGCCUGGUCAACUGUCGUCAGUGGGGUGAGCUUGGGUUGCCUUUCUCUGAAGCUGAUAUUGACCUUCUUUUCUUCCAGGACGAUAUAUUCAUUGUUGAAACUCAGUUCGCUCGCCUUUGCAAGCGCAUUGCCAUCGUUGAUAGAUGCUUGCAACAAGCAGGGCUGAGUUUAGCAAGAAACAAGACCAAGAUCGUUGCCAAUGAACACUAUGUUGGCGCCCGCCGUGCAAAACUUGGGGAUGACUUCUUCACGAUUGCCCCGCAUGGUGAGUCCCUCAAAGUGCUAGGUGUUUCCUUUUCUCUGUGUCGGGAUGCGUCUGAACAAGCACGGGAGAUCAUCACCCGGACCAGGAACGCGGCAUUUGAGCACAAGCCGAUCCUUAAUGCCCCAGGGGCAUGGAAGAACAAGAUCUCGAUCAUGAAGACUCUGGUGGAAUCCCAAUUUAAUUGGACUGCCGGAGCUCUUCACUGGGGGAAAGACGACUUGCACACCAUGAAUGUUGCGCAGCUCAUGUUUGUAGGAGUGCAUUUGGUCUUCGUCGGGCUCCAGGCGAAGGGUGGGUGCAGUGGAACCAAAGGACCAUGA